UCGACAUUUGCGUUAAUGAGCAGUUGGACAUGUGUAUCUUAUAAAGUGGCCGGUGAGUGUACUCUAGUUAGAUGUCAUUAAUGAGCCUGACCGGUGCAGUGUUAAAGGCAGUAAGGUUCACUCAAACAUAAUGAUAUACAGUAACUUCAACUUCUUCCUUCCCACAGAAAACAUGCUGCUGUACAUCCUCGGACCGGUCAUCGCUUGGUUCAUCUAUCGCUGGUACAAAGAAAGCAAAAAAGUUCCAAACGUUGAGGAUAAAUAUGUGUACAUCACUGGUUGUGACUCUGGGUUCGGCAACAACCUGGCCAAGCAUCUGGAUAAGCUGGGCUUCCCUGUGAUCGCGGGCUGCUACACAGAGAAGGGUGAAGAUGAGCUGAAGAAGGUCACCUCCCAAAGGCUGAGGACCGUUCCUCUGGACGUCUCCAAAUCUGAGAGCGUCAGGAAAGCAGCAGACUUCAUCAAGAAUCUGGUUGGAGAGAAGGGUCUGUGGGCGGUUGUGAACAAUGCGGGAGUGGCUUUGCCGUCUGGUCCCUCUGACUGGAUCGACAUAGAAGGUUACAAGUUCAUGUUGGCGGUAAAUCUAACCGGCGUGAUCGACGUCACGCUCAGCGUCCUCCAGCUCAUCAAAAAAUCUAAAGGCAGGGUGGUGAACGUCGCCAGCGUGUUCGGGCGAAUCAGCCCAUUCGGUGGACCUUACUGUGUGUCUAAAUAUGGCGUGGAGGCCUUUAAUGACAGCCUGCGGAUAAACAUGAAGCCGUUUGGAGUCAAAGUCUUGUGCAUCGAGCCAGGCUUCUUUAAAACAACCGUGACGGAUACAGAGAUGUUGAGGAACAGCUUAAUGAAACUCUGGGACAAUCUACCUCAGGACCUGAAGGAUGAUUAUGGGCCCACUUUCUUGCAAGCAUUGUUUGACCAUCUGGAUCAGAGGUUUCAGCGGCUUACGGACGGGGACCUGAUGAAGGUGGUCAGCUGCAUGGAGCACGCCGUCUCUGCCCUGCACCCUCGCACCCGCUACUCCCCCGGAUGGGACGCCAAGUUCUUCUGGUUGCCCUUGUCCUACAUGCCGACCUACAUUUCAGACAAAUUUUUCCUCCARUAUUACCCCCGACCCAAAGUGUCUGUGCUGUAGCUUAACAGGAUGUUCAGCUGAUCYGAGCGUCACUUUUGUGUGUUUUAGUUUAACAAGAAUAAAUGUGACUCGUGGCUUUAUACAUCUAUGUUUUUAGAAAAACGGCUGUUUGAAACACAAAGUCACUGUCACUCCUGUUAACCUAAAAAUUGAUUAUUUUGUUCACUUUUUAGCAAAGAUAUUUAGAUUUUACCAUUUCUGCUUUUUUCAUUGAUAUUAAACAAAAAGUAAAUAGUCUUUGCUUUGCUUGUAGGUUUUAUCAGAGUUGAUUUGAGGUUAAAGGGAAUACAGUUAUGAAACCCAAGACUCGUAAUCAUUCCUGGUGUAUUGCACAAGCCCAAUCUGGUAAACCAUUUACCCCCUGCUCCUUUAUCCAAUAUGGACCUUGACUCUACAGACACACUGCAUAGCUGUAGCUUUGCAGUCGCUUAAUUUAUGAGAAGUGAAUGUACAGAAGCGGCAACAUCUAAGGAGCUGUAACCAUGGUAUGUUUACAUCGUUGUUACCUAAUAAUAUGUUCUGGUGUUUGUGUUAGAGUUGAUCGACACAUUAAGAAUGCUCGUUCAGUAGUAGACACAGGUUCAAGUUUAGGAUUUAGAUAUUUACUUGUMGUGGGAUCUAAUGCCAUCUAGUGGAGUAGAGGUGCAUUAAGGAGUUUGUUUCCCUUCCUGUCUCKUAAAACAUGGGCUGAGGACCCCACUUUAUGUCAUGCAACAUCGAGUCGGGGGUCUUGAGAUGCUCUUCAGAAAUCAAACUGAAAUACAGCACACUAUUUUACACUCAUUAAUGUAUUCAAUUUGUAAAAUGGCUGUUUAGGCAGCUUGUUUUGUUGUUGUGACUUUGUUUACUUGACCUCGUUUACUGAUUCUGUUGAGUCUGUGUGAUGGGAUUAAAUAUAAUAUUUGUUUGCACAAUGGAAAAGUGGUAUUUUUGAAGGCAUUACAUAUGUAUUUAUAUGUAGCAUUGUAUUCACUUUAUUUUCUACAUGUUGGUAUGGAACAGAGGUGUGAGUAUAAAAACCUGUAGUAAAAAGACAAGCUGUGACAUAUAGAUGCUAAUAAUUCGGAGUAAAAAUGAUUUUACAGUUUUACCUUUCAGAUAUAGGCUAUUUAUCAAAAACUGCACUAAAAGUAUGUAUUUUUCUCACAAUGAUAAACAGUAACUUUUUAAGGUUUGUGUUUUUAUCAAAGAAGCAUUUUCUUGUCAGCUAUGUGUYGGUGUGUAAAUCUGAAUUUAAAAGCUUUAUUUGUUGUUUGUUUUGUACAAAAAAUGAAUACUGGAUGGUUUAAUAUCAAAUAAAUGUAGUGGAUUAAAAUAAAAAAAUGUGUUUUUACCUCA